AUGGAGGUGAAGCUAUGGAACGAUAAGCGUGAGAGAGAAAUGUACGAGAACUUCGCUGAGCUCUACGCUAUCAUCAAAGCCACCGAGAAGCUCGAGAAGGCCUACAUCCGUGACCUCAUCUCCCCAUCUGAAUACGAAACCGAGUGUCAGAAACUCAUCGUCCACUUCAAGACGCUCUCCGCUACGCUCAAGGACUUGGUCCCUAACAUUGAGAGGUUCGCGGAGACGUACAAGAUGGACUGUUCCGCUGCUGUGUACAGGCUCGUGACCUCUGGUGUUCCAGCUACCGUGGAGCAUAGGGCUGCUGCUAUGGCUUCUACUUCGAGCUCUGCUUCUGUUGUUGCUGAGUGUGUUCAGAAUUUUAUUACUUCUAUGGAUUCUUUGAAGCUCAACAUGGUGGCUGUUGAUCAGGUGUAUCCGUUGUUGUCUGAUUUGUCUGCUUCUCUUCAGAAACUGAGCAUUUUGCCGCCGGAUUUUGAGGGGAAGAUUAAGAUGAAAGAGUGGCUUUCGAGGUUGUCGAAGAUGGGGGCUUCUGAUGAGCUCACUGAGCAGCAGGCUAGGCAGCUUCACUUUGAUCUGGAGUCUUCUUAUAACUCCUUCAUGGCUGCUUUGCCUAAUGCUGGUAACUAAACCAAUGGGAUGUGAUGUUUGUGCUUUUGUUUAGACUACUUGGCUUUAUGUAGUUGUUAUAAUGAUGGCUUUAGGAUAAUGAUUUUGGUUUCAAGACUAUUUGUUGCUACACACCUUGGAGAUUGAUGUUGUGUAGACAGAAUCAAGCCUUUCUUUUAUUGUGUAAUGAUCAUGUCAAGCCAGAGACUUGAUUUCUUUCUGAAUUGUAUGAAUCUAAACUCUACUUUGUUUACCCUUUUUUGCUCCUUUGUUGUUAAAUGCUUGCAGUCUUUAGUUUCUAGACAAUUUGAACAGAGGAGCCAGGUCAAAACUUCUUCAGCA